UCGGCCUGCUGGGCUACAUUAGAAGCAAUGGACUUUUACCCACCAGCAGCACUUCCUGGUAGGAAAAGAAUGAUUGUUUUAUGUUAGGGACACGCUCUCACACAGACACUCACAGGCUCGGCUGCAUGGACUGCAGACGUUUUUACUGCAUUAAAUCUUAUUAAGGACAUCAUCAAAUCUCAACGUUUGAAGAACAAAAGGAUCACAUUUGAAGGAUCUCAUGACAAGUUCCAGCAGCGGAGGAGUUUUUAACCCGGCGUACCAUGACAGCGAGACGCUGGAAGUGGAUAGACGAGAUAAAAGGUCCUGGACCCACCACACUAAUCCCUAUGCUGGAGAAGAUCCAGCUUGGUGGGCUGAGAGAGAUGAUGCUGAGCCGGGAGCAUCGAGUGGAGGCUGGAGGGGGGGAGAAAGCUUCUCCAUGGGCCUCUUCAGCACAAGUUCCGGGACGAAUUCAUGGCAGCAUGACGCCAAUCCCCACACGCCUGAUUCCAGCUCCCACUACCGAUCAGCUGCCGGACUUCCCUCUUUGAUGACAGGAGGCAUGACAAUGAGGUGGAGAGGAAUGGCCAUGAGAGGGAUGAGCAUGUUUCCCAACGCUGAUCCGACCCAUGCAGCUUUAGCAGAGGAUGCCAUCAGGAGUGAAGUGGAAAAUGAGGAGCAAAACCUCAUCAAGGAGCUCAUCGCUCUGUCGGCAGGAGAGCAAACCCGCAAAAUUCAGGAGCUUCCGCAGAGUUUUGGGGAGAAGAAAAACAUCAGGAGACAAGUUAUGGCAUUCAAGUCUUCCACAAACUCCCACCAUUUCUUGUGUUGUACAGAUUGCUGUAGAAACAUGUCCCUGUCUUUUCGAAGGUGCGGUAACGGUAUAAAAUCAGCGAGGCAGACCCUGAAACUGUGGCGAGGCAUCAUGAAGGAGAUCGGGGGCAGAUUUGGCUCCAGCGUCCUCACCUACUUCUUGUUCCUCAAGUGGCUUCUCAUGUUCAACAUCUUCUCCUUCCUGGUCAACUUUGGUUUCAUCACCAUCCCGCUGCUCGUUCAUGACCUUUCAGCCAACAUUCCUUCAAACGUGAGCUUUAGAGGACUGGAGCUGCUGACCGGGGCUGGUUACUUCAACUAUACUGUCAUGUACUAUGGAGGCUACAGCAACGAAACUCUCCAUGGUCUGGUGGAUUAUAACAUGCAGCUCGCUUAUUUCUUCACCAUUGCGGUCUAUAUGGUGCUUUGUGGAAUUGUGCUCAUUUUCAGCAUGGCGAGCUCAUUCAAGAAAAACUACGUGCUUUCAGACCCGGCUUCAAGCAGAGCAUGGCAGCUCCUGUGUAGCUGGGAUUUUAGUCUAACCAAUGAGAGGGCAGUAAGACAGCGUAAGAAUAACCUUCGCGUCCAACUCAAGGAGUCAUUAUCGGAAAGAGCUGAGAAGGAGUCCAUUACACUUUCCAAAGAGCUGAAACAAGUUGGGAUUCACGUUGGUUCCUGGUUUCUCUCCACCUGUCUGGCUGUUGGCUGUGGCGCCAGCAUCUUCUACCUCUGCCAGUACGGGGAAGAGCAGGCGAUGGACACGGCACCAUGGUCUCUGCUCCAGGAAGCAGAAACUCUCCUCGUUCCCUUUGUAGUGUCCUUGAUGAACAUGGUCAUCCCGCUCUUCUUCUCCCUCUUCAACAAGUUCGAGCGGUACUCCACCCACCGCAGGCAGAUUUAUGCCUUACUCAUCAGGAACGUGCUGCUCAGGAUGUCCAUUCUUGGUGUUUUGUGUUACCAUUGGAUGAACGUGGUGCCUCAGAAGUAUUCGUGUUGGGAGCCCAUGGUGGGACAGGCCUUAUACCGACUGGUCAUCAUCGAUUUCCUUUUUCUCAUGUUGGGGUCCUUCUUCGGAGAGUUUCUCAGCAACGUGAUUGGAACCAAACUACAACCUCGGCUCGGUGUGCCGGAGUUCGACGUUGCCAGGAAUGUCCUCGAACUCGUCUACGCCCAAACGCUGGCCUGGAUUGGGAUCUACUUUUCUCCUCUGCUCCCUGCCAUCCAGAUGCUAAAAUUCUUCAUCCUGUUUUACAUUAAAAAGGUCAGCCUGACCCGGAACUGUCAGCCUCCUCGGCGGUCAGGAAGAGCGGCUCAGAUGCAAACCAUCUUCAUCUUUCUCCUCUUCUUCCCUUUCUUUGUGGGAGCUCUGUCGAUCGUUGCGUACACUGCGUGGAGUCUGACUCCAUCAGAGCAGUGUGGGCCUUUCCAGGGACUCAACAACACUUUCAGUGUGGUCAGCAUCUGGAUACACGACCUGGAAGCCAUUCCUACUUCUGACUGGGUAGUGUGGAUCUACCAGAACGUCAUCAGGAGCGAGCUCUUCUACUUUCUUCUCACGCUCAUCAUCAUAGCCAUCAUCUACAUCUUCUGGCAGCUCACUCAGGGCCGCAAGGAGCUCAUUAAUCUUCUCAGACAGCGGAUUAUUAACGAGGGGAAAGACAAGUCCUUUUUGCUGGAGAAGCUUCAAAACCUCCAGAAGUCUCAGCCUGCUGUUGCUCCCAGCCAGAAGAAAAUAAAAGUGCACUCAGGGCGGCGUUCAGAUGAUCGCUCCUCUGGAAGUCAGUCCAACUCCAACGCCGUGGUUCAGGUUUUACUCGCCCGCCAGCAGCUUGAGGAAGAGGACAGACGCAGCGCUAGUGGCGUGUCUGUUCCCUCUGACAUCUCCACCUCCGGUGCCCUGAUGCAGGCCAUGGUGGCUCGCCACAGAGCUGAGAGGCAGACGCCUGAGGAGCACUCUUCAUCACCCAGCCCUCUUGAGCAGGCCAUGGCGGCCAGGCAGAAGGCUCAGGACGAAUACUGGACGGUCACUGACGCUGAUGACAUAAACUCACCUAACAGACCUCCGGUCACGCACGCCAGACUGAGAGAGGAGGAGGGACAGGACGGCUCAUCUAACCCGUCGUCGCCAGCGUCAAGUGUUGUCAUUCAAGUCAUGCAAGCAAGACAGAGAGCAGAGGAAGAGGAGAGGAUUCAGUGGGCUCCUGCUCCGGUGCAAAACUCAGCCUCCCCUAGUUCCAGCGCUCUCAUCCAGGCCAUGUUGGCACGGCAACAGGCCCAGAACGAAUACGAUGAUGGCUACUGAGUUAAACAGAAGACAGAAAUGAAGCAACGAGAGAGAGCGGGCUCACUUCUUUAGGUUUCUUUCACAAAAGUAUUAUGUUUUAUGUUAAGUUGGUGUAAAAAUGAACAUGCUAAAUGACCCGCCCUUGUAUGGUGCCUUUCAGAGCCAGAGGACUCCAAAGCGCUUUACUCUAGACUUGAUGUUGUGCCAUUUGAAAUGCGGUUAACACAAGUAGUUAUGGUUGGCCUGUUUUGCACAGCAGUCCUCUGAAACACUGUUUGUCCAAAGAUGUUCAGCAACAGGACAAAAGUGUGGGACUAAACAUGGAGGCAGCUAUUAUAUCAUCUUUGUAAAAUGUAGAAAUAGGUAAAACAUUAGACAGUAAUGAAAACAAAACUUUUGUUAAUAACAGAAAAUGUUUGUUGCUUUCCACAGACUUCCAACCACAGUGAGUUUCAUUUACAGCAUUUUCUUCUGUCAAGCUUUGAUUUUAACAUUCUAGUGACUUUUUCCUGUAGUUAUUUAUAGAAGAAGAAGCAGAAGAAGGGAUUGUUAUUAUAGUGCAUUUCUAGAUAAAAUUUGCUUCGAAAAAGCAUUUGUAGAAAAGAUUUUCUCUCAUUAUAGUGAAUGAAAUUGUUAGUAGAUGUGUCUGUUGAGGGAAAUUAUUAAAAAAAAACUAUUUUUAAUAAAUUUUACCUCCAUCAUUAAAAAA